AUGGGUGCCUACCAACCGGACACAGCCGAUGUGGUUGUCCCCACCAUACUCGGCAAGCCUGAAGCUGACAUCUCCCGAGGGCAAAGCGGCGUUUUAUACCACCAGCUUCGUCAAAGACCUCUCAAUAUUGUCGGCGGUCGUGGAAGCUACCUCAUUACUGAAGAUGGUUUGGAGAUCUUGGACGCUACCUGCGGUGCUGCGGUGUCCUGCCUUGGCCACAGUGAGAAGCGCGUGCAAGAGGCCAUCAUGGAGCAACUACAGAAGGUUCCCUACUGCUACUCGAUGUUUUUCACCAACUCCGCUGCAGAAAGUCUCUCCAAGAUUCUGGUGGAUUCAACCGGAGGGAAGAUGACAAGGGCUUUUAUUGUAAGCUCAGGCACCGAGGCUGUGGAAGCUGCUCUGAAGAUGGCUGUUCAGUACUUCAUGGAGCUGCCUACUCCUCAGCCCCAGCGAGCCAACUUCAUCUCUCGCAAACAGUCAUACCAUGGCAACACGCUUGGUUCACUUUCGGUCGGGCAUCACGUUGGCCGUAGGGCACUUUAUGAGAAGGUCCUUGCGAAGAAUACUGGACAUGUGGCUCCUUGCUACCCAUAUCGCGGAAUGCGGUCUGAUGAGAAGGUUGAAAGCUAUGUUGCCAGGCUUGCGCAAGAAUUGGAGGAAGAGUUCCAGAGAUUGGGACCGAAUACUGUUUGCGCAUUCGUAGCGGAGACAAUGGCUGGCGCGACUCUGGGGUGUGUUCCCCCUCUACCCGGAUACCUAAAAGCAAUGAAAAAGGUCUGUGAGCGACAUGGAGCCUUGUUCAUUUUAGAUGAGGUCAUGUCUGGCAUGGGACGCACAGGAACGCUUCAUGCGUGGGAGCAGGAAGAUGUUGUUCCAGAUUUGCAGACCGUGGCCAAAGGUCUCGGGGCUGGAUAUGCCCCUAUCGCCUGCCUGCUCUUGAACAAGCAUGUUGUCGAUGCUCUGACAGAAGGCACCGGCGCGUUCUCUCACAGUCAGACUUAUCAAGGCCACCCGGUAUCCUGUGCCGCUGCGGUCAGAGUGCAACAGAUUAUCCAGGAAGACAAUCUGUUACCUAACGUCCGCGCGAUGGGUGAUUACCUUGGUCAACUUCUCCAUGAGAAGUUCGAUGAACAUCCUCAUGUUGGAGAUGUCCGUGGCAGGGGACUCUUCUGGGCUCUUGAGUUUGUUCAGGAUAAAGAAACUAAGGAGCCGUUUCCACCAGCUAAGAAGCUCGCAUGGACUAUUCAUGCUACUGGCCUCAAGCCACAGUAUGCUAUCUCUCUGAUGCCCGGUAAUGGUGGUGCUGACGGGAUUAAUGGUGAUCAUAUCUGCUUGGCGCCGCCAUACAAUACCACUCGUUCUGAGAUUGAAAUGAUUGUUGAACGCACAUUUUGUGUCAUUAGAGAGGUAUUGGGCUGA